AUGAACUUCCUGCGCAUUUUGGAGAAAGAGGAGGCUGAGUAUCGCAAUGCCAUUUACUUUCAAUACGGACUAGUGCGUCAGCAAAUCGAACAACGGAUGGCCGCCUUGAGUGCACAAAACCGCAUCCUAGCGAAGCGACCCUCGCACUCAGUGACGGUCUGCCCCACUAUGCUCGUCAGUCCUGAAGACUCCGCACAACAGCUAGGCGCCUCUCCUGCGGUCAGUCUUUGA